AUGAAUCUCCAAUCCCGGCUUCGGUCCAUCACCAAACACAACGUCUCCACGUUUCGGCGGCAUUAUGUCUCUGAGAUCGCCGGCUCCCUUGGAGAUCUUGGGACCUUUCUUCCCAUUGCACUGGCCCUCGCCUCUAAUGGAACAGUCUCCCUUGCAAGUACUUUUAUAUUCUCCGGUCUAUUCAACAUCUUGACGGGCCUCUUCUUCGGCAUUCCUCUACCGGUGCAACCGAUGAAAGCCAUUGCCGCAGUAGCUAUCGCUCAGUCCUUCUCCCCCGGCUCUAUCGCAGCUGCGGGGAUCUUUGUGGCUGCUGUUCUCUUCGUGGGGAGCGUGACUGGGCUCCUCGAAUGGUUCACCCGUGUAAUUCCCAUUCCCGUCGUCAAGGGAAUCCAAGUCGGAGCCGGAUUGUCUUUGGUGAUGGCAGCCUGUACAACUCUGCAUAACCUUGGAUGGAUUCAUCCUUCGUGGGCCGACAACCGUCUCUGGGCGAUUGGUGUCUUUGUCGCACUUCUUCUCACCAACUCUGCUGCCAGACGCCUGCCGUACGCCCUUAUCGUCUUUAUCAUAGGUAUAGUCAUAGCGAUCAUCCGCAGCGCGCUAUCGUCCCAUCUCCCUUCGUUUACAUUUUGGCAUCCGUACAUCGUUGUUCCAAUCGGCCACGAAUGGUCUAAAGGCGCCAUCGAUGCCGGUCUCGGCCAGCUUCCGCUCACGACAUUGAACUCUAUCAUAGCGGUUGUACAUCUCGCCGCUGACUUGCUACCAUCCGUCCCAACUCCCUCUGUAACCGCCAUCGGCCUCAGCGUCUCCUUAAUGAACCUAGUCGGUGUUUGGUUUGGCGCUAUGCCUGUUUGCCACGGUUCCGGUGGAUUGGCCGCACAAUACCGAUUCGGCGCGCGCUCAGGUGCAAGUGUCGUGUUUCUCGGAGUGUGUAAGUUAAUACUCGGUCUUGUAUUCGGAGAGAGCCUAGUAGAUAUAUUGCACCGUUUCCCGAAGGCGCUCCUAGCUGUUAUGGUCAUCGCGGCUGGCCUGGAGCUAGUCCGCGUCGGCGAGAGCCUGAAUACCUCUGGCGCGCGAGACCUGCGAAGACACGCCGAGGACGCGAAUGAUUCGUCUCGGUUCCAUCUAAGCGAAGAGGAGCGAACACGUAGGUGGAUGGUCAUGAUGGUUACAGUAGGACUACUGGUCGGGUUUAAAAACGACGCCGUGGGGUUCGUGGCGGGUAUGCUGUGUCACUGGGCCUAUGAGUUGCCGGCCCUUGUACACCGUACAAAACGCCGCUGGUCGGAGGGGAGAGUUCGAUUGCCAUAA